GCGUUCCGACGCGCACGCAUGAAGACCGAGGACCAAAACACCGAAGAGGCGGCGCGCCGCGCGCCUGCCACGCGCCGUCAGGAAAAACCACCUUUCUCUUACAUAGCCCUUAUCGUUAUGGCAAUUCGUCACUCUCCGAACAAGCGGCUGACCCUUAGUGAAAUAUAUGCAUUUCUUCAGCAGCAGUUUCCAUUUUUUCGUAGUUCUUACCAAGGCUGGAAGAAUUCGGUAAGACAUAAUCUUAGUUUAAAUGAAUGCUUUGUCAAGCUACCGAAAGGGCUCGGCAGGCCUGGGAAAGGGCACUACUGGACGAUAGAUCCAUCUUCAGAGUUUAUGUUUGAAGAAGGAUCUUUCCGGCGGCGGCCUCGUGGCUUUCGACGUAAAUGUCAGGCGUUAAAGCCUCAGUUUGGAGGUGGUGGUUAUCUGUGCGGAAGCGGAGUUGGAUCGCUGCCUCCAUCCCAGCCUACGGGAUAUGAGUUAGCAAGUGGUAGCGGCGCGGGAGCUAGCAGCACCCCAUCUAUUGACUAUGGAGCCUGUGCUUACUCGCAUUCGGGUUCAAGCCAACAGUUAAGCUAUGGUGGAGAAUAUUGUGCUUAUAGCAGUAUGGGAGAAAGAGAAUGGCCUCUUGCGUACGGUGCAGUUGAACCAGCGUACCGACCGCAGCCAGCUUCUCCACCUUCUCGACACGAUCUGCCUGACCUGAUACCCAACUAUCAGUAUGCCGUCGCCAAUGAUCAUGGUGCGGCAUCGAUGUUCGCUGGGAUGCGAGGGAUGCACGGGCAGAUGUUAUCCGGCAGCUCAUUAGGGGGAACAUCUAUCAGUAGCCUGGGUGGGUUCGGGCAUCACUUGUCGUCAUCCCUCCCAGCACUGCCACCUGACCGCAAACCGCCUACGCCGCUGCCUGCUCUGCCUCCUCCAGCUUCUAUCUCAUCGACACCAGCUACGCCUACAAACUCCACACCUGUACACUCUUAUUAUGACCACAUUAUAUGAGCGUAAAUGAAGUAUAUAUCAUUGAUACAACUGGUACGCGUGCUGUGUCUGCUAAAACGAUAAAACGCUAUAGAAAAAGCUAUGAAACUCUCAUAAACAAUUAAUUGAUGACGCAAAUUGUUAAUAAUAUAAUAUAACAGUAUGAAAAUGAAAAUCUGUUUUAUUAACAUAAGAAACUAGAGAAAGAGGUUU